AUGUUCUGCGCCUGCUGCCAGACUGAAAGUACCCCAAAAGUUGUAGAAACCGUGGGCAUCCCACUGAGUACGUCCACGGAUCACGCAGCUGCUGCGGCAAUUGUCGAAGAUGAGGGUGCCGUGUUCACUUUCGAGUUGCCGGACAAAUCGACCAAGGAGAUCUUUUUCCCGUCCAAGCCUUUGGGCCUGGAUUUCAGCAAGUCCAUUCCGAUGACCGUGAAAGGUGUGAAGAAGGACUCCCAUGCCGACCAAGCGAACAUCCAGCCGAAGUGGGUGGUGACUCAUGUUCAGGGGCAGCCAUUGCCGACAGAGUUUCACGACGCCAUGAUGCGAAUCUUCGAGGUCGUCGCAUUUGAGCCAUUCGACGUCCUGCAGGCCAUCAAGAGCGACGUCUUCCCAGAAGUCUUACCCUUUUUGGAGGAGAAGCGAGUUCUGUUUGCGGAUGGUUUGGAUCACAAAUUGCUGCCUCGAGAAGGUUUGGAGGAUGUGCUUGCCAGCCCAAUCGUGCCUUUCGAUGAUGUUGCUGAAGGAGAUCGUCUUGAGGUGAUUGUGAACGGCUCCGAAGACAUUCGUCGAAGCUCCACUUGGGAGCCGUGUGUGGUCCUUGCUCACAACCUGCAGACCGGCAUGUUGGACUUGGAACUGACAGCUCCAAGCCCACGUGCUGGCGAGCAUGUCAGGCAAAGCUGGGGUCUGGCACGACGGUACCCGUGGCGCUACGCAACGGUAGAGGAGAAUGACACGAUCCUCGUUGGAACUUCAAGCGGCUGGCAGCCAGCGAAAGUCCUCAGCAAAGCUCCCGAAGAUGAUACCCUCGACUUGGCCUUCCCGAGCGGGGCGCAGCUGCAGUCCGUGCGGCCGCGCUUUAGACGCAUGCAAGAUCAGGCCACGCACUUUGAUCAAGGUGACUCGUACAGCGACGUGGCAGAAGGCGAACGUAUCAAGGUGGACACCUCGCGUGGUUGGGAGAUUGCCUCCGUCGUCAAAAAGCAUGACGGCAACAAGUCCCUGGACAUUGAAAUGUUCCCGGACGGGGAAAGGUUUUUAAGCUGCAAGCCCCUUAUUCGAAAGCCCAAGACUAAAGCCAACGAGACGGCUUUGGCACUUUGGGCAGAGAACCAGCGACUGCGAAGACGAUUAGCCAUCUUGUCGAGCCUGAAAGCAGUCUUCACCUCGACGGCUCUUGCGAAAGUGGCCUGGUACAUCGCGCGACACCAUAUCGAGGAGUACGUACAAGAAUACAAGCAAAAUGGAAUCCCGGAUGAUCCAGACCUUCGUGAAAACAUGCGGCUGUGGGAGCUGUCGUAG